UACGUGCUAGCAGAUGGAAGGAAACUGGAACGUGGACAGUGCAUGAAUAUUUUGGCUCUAACAUAUUACAUCUGUUAUGAAAUUGUACACAGUGCUGCUGAUAGAAAAUAUAUAGUCGUAAUAUUUAUUUGCAUUUUUUUUCUCCCGUCUUUUUUUACCGGACUGUUUUUAUUACGGUCUUAGGACAAAUUGCAAUCGCGCGCAUGGUAACGGGUUGUUUUUCACUGUGAAAAACCAGUAACCAGGGUUAAAACGAAACUUCACUGCUGCAGCACGCUCGCUUAUGAAACUACAUCUCCAUCUCUCUCAAUUACACUUUGUCACGUAAACAGACCAAAAACCUGCUCUAAAAACCACAUCUGCUCUUCAAGUGUCGCGUUAGCUCCCAAGCUGUGGUAUUUUAAUUAGCUUUCAAGCCGUAUCUCGACAGACGUCAGAGCGCAUGCAGUCUAAAGUCAAUGCCGCAUUGUGUCCUGCCAUGCGAGGCUUUCUACGCUCAGUUCCAGCUCGAUAGUCGAAGGGACGCUGUAACCCUUGCUCAAAAAUGUAUGGAAAAGUUCUGCUCUCCUACUAAUGUGACAGCUUGCUGGGUUGUGUUUUCCUUGAUAUUUUCUGGAAAUGUCCAAGACACGCGAGGUGCUACUUGUGGGAGAAGGCAACUUCUCCUUCUCGGCAGCUUUGAGCGAGAGCGAGGACGUCGGCGUGACCGCCACUUGCUAUCAAAGCGAGAAUCAAAUCUAUCGACAGGAGGGAGCUGUAGUGAACAUACAGCGACUCCGUGACAGAGGAUCAGUCGUUCUCUUUGAGGUGGAUUGCACAUGCCUAAAGGAGCACGAAACCAUUCGGCAUCAUCUUUUUGACUGCAUUAUCUUCAAUUUUCCUCACUGUGGGCGGAAAAGUGGUGUAAAGAAGAACCGCAUUCUGCUGGAGAAAUUUUUCCACAGUGCCGUUGCAGUCCUGAAGGACAAUGGGGAAGUGCACGUCACCUUGUGCAAUGGCCAAGGUGGCACUCCAUGUGACAGUCCAAUGAGAGAAUGGCACAAUAGUUGGCAAGUGGUUGCCAUGGCAGCAGAAGCAGGGCUAAUUCUCAGUGAAAUCCGUCCCUUUGACUGUGAAGCAUAUCAAGGAUACAGAUGUACUGGUUACAGGAGUCAAGACAAAGGUUUCCAUGUAGAGGGGGCUCUGACCCACGUCUUCACUCGGAGUCUCCCGCACACCACACCAGAAAAACGGAAAAUGGAGAAAACCAUUGGGAAGGAGACCGUUUGCUUUGAGCUUCCGGCAGAGUUGAGUAAUUAUAUGAACAGGGAUUUCCUUGGUCAGCAGUCACAUCAUAGAGUAAAAACUGUCCAGGAGCAGUUACUUAGAGAGCUAAAGUCAAUCUGGCCUGUGUGCGCUAUGAAUGAAAACUUCUCAGAACUGGUAAGCUGCCUGCCAGGAACGCCAGAGGCAUGCGACUCCUCUCUGACCCACUCAGACGUCUACUGGAUCAAACCGACUGACACCUUUAUAUUUGACCAAAGUGAAAAUGAGCAAAAUGACUGCGAGUCUAUGGAUGACCAACAAAGCUUUACUGGCAGCUAUGCACUACGGCCAUCUCUGUUGCUGCAUGUUCAAGAGAUCACCCAGAAUGAGGACUUCAGUCCUGGCACUCUUCACGCAGUCAGUGGCCUGGUCUUUCAGAGAGUGCCCAUCUCCCCGAGCCGUUCUCCUGCUUUCCACCAGCUUCUGUUGGUGGGAAUGUUCCCUGCAGAAUCCCAUCCUGUCCAGUGCUUCCAAGAUUGUUUGGAGGCACUACUUGCUUCUUAUGGCAUCUCCUUCGAAGAGACGCAAACAGGCCUGGAGCAGCAAGUGUGGAUGAAUUCAAAGAAGCUUUCCAAGUUUGGGCGGAUCGCAUAUCUACCUUCUUUUUCCUCAUCCCUCGAUGAAGAUUUACAGUUAAUCACGGUCUCAAUAAACUUGGAUCAUUUAGCCACCCUGAUUUUCGGCAUUUCUGACUGGCGCUUACUUUGGAGCUUCGAUCCUCGCUUUCUUAAGCAUUUCGAGCUCAAUCCACUUGGAUCUUUUAGUCCGUUCUCCCUUUACCCACCAAGCUACUUGCAUGAUAUCAGUUUCUGGAUGGAACCAGAAAGCUAUGAUGAACUAGACUUCCACGCACUUGUGCGAGAGGUUUCUUGCGGUGCCGUUAAGGAUGUGGCAUUAGUGGAUCGCUUCAGACACCCACACAUGGGUCAUGCAAGCCUCUGCUAUAGGCUGACAUAUCAGUCACCCGAUUGGGCCCUCUCGCACAGCCAUGCAUUGGGACUACAGAAUCAGCUUCGGAGGCUGUUACCCCUGCGCCUGCAGGUCACGCUGAGAUGAUAGAAUAUACAAUAGAUCAAAUGGAUGAAUAAUCUCAGAUUAAAAUUUUUAUGGACUUUA